GCGCGGGCGCCGACGGCCGCACUUCCCGGCCCGCCGCGGCUCCGGCGGCCGCUGCUGCGGCAUGGCGAGCGUGGGGCGGCCCGCCUGGCAGCGGGAGCUGCUGGAGCGGCGGCGCGCGCGGCUGGCAGCCGAGGGACCGGGCCCGCUGCGCGACGGCGCGUGCGGGCGGCGCGCGGGCGCGGCGGGGGCGCGGCCGGCGCAGCAGCUACUGGAGCUGUACCGCCGCGUGCCGGCCGUGCGCACCCUCCGCGCCGAGAACAUCGUCAUCAUCGAGGCGGCGCCCGGCUCGCCGCCCCCCGUCGCACCGGGCCCCGCCGCUCGCCUCCGCGCCGCCGAGGUGGUGGUGUACGAGGCGCCGCCGGACCCCGGCCGCGUCAGCCGCCUGCUGCAGAAGUUCGACGCGCCCGCCCGCCCCGCCGAGCGCGCCCCGCGGCCCGCGCCCCCCGCCCCGCGCUCGGCCGAGCGCGCCCCGCGGCCCGCGCUCCCCGCCCCGCGCCCGGCCGAGCGCUCCCCGCGGCCCGCGCCCCCCAGCCCCGGCCCCGGCGCCCGGCACAGCGACUUCCUCCUCCGGACGGGCAGCAACACCUUCACCGUCCACCCCCGGGGCCUGCACCGCGCCCGCCCGCCGCCCCCCGGGCCCGCCGCCCCCGAGCCCCGGGCCGGCGCCGCCAACGGCCUGGACGGCUCGGCGCCAGAGCCGGCCGCGCGGAAGCCAAAGGUGGGGUCAGGAUCGCCCCCUCUCCACCGGACCCCCAGUGCCACGCCGGCCUCGCCCGCGCCCGGGCCCGCCAGUGCCACCCCCAGCCAGCGCCGAUGGGUCUCCGGGACCAGCAGCGCCAACGACUCUUUUGAGAUCCGGCCAGCCGCCAGGCCGGACCUGUGCACCGGCCCCGUCGGGGACCUUCAGGCCCGGGCCCCGGCUGGCCUGCGCGACGGCUCCAGGAACUCCUUCGUGUUGGUCCCCAAGCGCAAGGCGCCUGGAGCGGCCGCUCCCGAGGCCGGCGCGCCCGGAGGGCCAGGCCGGGGCACCGCCUGCCCGGAGUUUGGAGGAGCCAAUGGUGCCGGGAGCCCCUUGGGGCCGGAGGAGCUGGGCCGUGCCCGGCCAGCCACCGCCCUCGUGGACCAGGUUGUCCUGCGGCAGCCGCUGCCCUCUCCAUCUCCGUCCCCAGGGGCUCCUGCUGAACCCCAAGCUGCCCAGGGCGUCAGGGGCCCCGAGUGGUCCGAGAGUGGCAGGGAGCCAGGGCUGCCCGUCACCUUCAUCGACGAGGUGGACUCGGAGGAUGAGGCUCCCGUAGACGCCAAACUGCCCUCUUCAGGGGCUGUCACACCUCCUCAGUACCACCCGCAUCCCUGUGGGGCCGGGCACCGAGACGGCAGCACCUUCCUGGUAGUGCCCAAGAGGAACCCAGGAAGUGUGCAGGCCAGCGGGGAGCCCAGGGGCCCCGAAGCUGAGGGAGAGGAGAGUGCCCCCGGGGCCACGCUGAAGCCGCGGUAUCCCACCGUGCACGAGAUCGAGGUGGUCGGCGGGUACCUGUCCCUGCAGAGGUCCUGCCUUGCCAAGGCGGGCAGCUCCAGAAAGAAGAUGAAGAUCUCCUUCAACGACAAGAGUCUGCAGACCACAUUUGAAUACCCCUCUGAGAGCUCACUGGCACAGGAGGCCACAGAUGAUGAUGAUGAGGAGGAGGAGGAGGAGGAGGAGCAGCAGCAGCAAGAGCAGCCCUGCUUAGAUGGGGGUGUGGAGAAGCCCUUUAAGCUCUUCCUGCCCAGAGCCACGUUUGUGGGCAGCCUGGCUCCAGAGAGCCCCCUGCUGCCUGAUGGCACCUGCCUGUCCAGUUACACUCCCAAGCACUCUCUGGCCUUCAGCAAGUGGCAAGAGCCGGCACUGGAGCCAGCCCCGCGGCAGGUAGAAGCCCCACUGAAGGAGGUCAUGCUCACCCCAGCUGGCCAGGAUGACCUGUCAGAUUUCCGCAGUGAGCCAGCCCUCUACUUCUGAGCCUGCAUCCAGCUACAAGGCCAAGACAGCCUGGGGUGCAGAUCCUGCCUCCUUAACCU